AUGGGUCUAUUCAACCUGCCACCCGAGCUGCUGAAGCCCAUUUUCCUUGAAAUAAUCAGCGUCCGCACAUUCAAGCGUGCCAUGCGACUAAAAUGCGUCAGUCGAUCUUCUAGAGACUACGUCAUGGAAGCGAUCAUGAGUUCGGACGUUUUUGUCGAUACCUUCAAAAGCGUCUACGCCAGAGACCGGAGCAUUGACUACAGCCAACCCGAAGAACGAUUCAAUAUCUGCUACGAGUACAUCACUCGUCGUGUUCUCAAGGAGGGUGAUCCGUCUUCCCUGAGGGGCCAAGUUAAGGAACUUGCAGAGCGCCUAUGCGAAUUGAGUAGCCAGCACGGUCCUGCCGCAAUGGACAAACACGUGAAAGGCAUUCUCGGUACGAUGGAGCACACUGAUAUUCGGAAUCUUCUCAACGCUGGGACUACGGAAACACUCGGAAGUUUCCGCAUGAGCAGAUAUCUCCUCCUCGGCGCUGUCAACAUGAGCUACGUGGACGUCGUCCGGCAGCUGCUCAUCGAUAACGCGGAAGAAUACCGAGCAGGACACCACAUCGCCCACGGCUCGCUGGACCAUUGCGCCAUGUGUCUCGCCGCACUCACCGGGAACCUGGAGAUGGUGAAACUCCUGGCUCACUCGCAGCCCGUCAUCGUACACGGGGCUAACGGAGGCGGAAUCUGGCCCACCGUCGCGCACGCGUUGGAGCACGUCAGCCUGGGAACCCAGCAGGGCCACUGCGAGAUCUUCGAAUACCUAGUUGACGCCCUCGAACACGUCGAAUUCCCCGGGGAAUUCGACGCAGAGAACGUCCGACGGAUGUGGGAAUUCACACUGGUCCAAAUGGCGGUCGGUAGGACUCCUUUCCCCAGCAACUUCCUCCGUGGACGUGCUUUCCUUUCAGACCGGGACGAUUGGUGGGCCAAAGUGCACGCUUCCGACACGGGGAACAUCUGCAACGAGAUCGGCGUCGGCGGGCGUACGGACAUGUUGAGGCACUUUCUCGCCCAAGCCGACAAAAUGCCCGCGGACGAGGCGCGCGAGUACAAGCGCAACCGGCUCAAGGCCAUCGUCAAGCCCGGGAAUGCGGAGAAUGUCAAGCUUGCGCUGGAGCACGGUGCCGACCCGAACCAGUUAUCGAAAGCCGCGGCACUGCGCUGGUAUGAGAUGGCUCGGUUAUUAAUUGACCACGGGGCCGACGUGAAUCAUUGGGAAGCGGGUUUGGUGCUGCCGCCGAUUGUGGUGGCCGUCAUGAAGGAGGACACGUCCAUGUUUCGCCUGCUGAGGGAGAACGGCGCUGUUCUGGACACGCCCGAGACCGGACCACAGGCCAUGGCCUUUGCCAAGAUGUUGGGCUUGGAGUCGAUGGUUGACGUGUUGGUGAGCGAGGGCUUGGACGAGAACGUUGUCUUGCAACACGUUCCUAGGUACAGGCUUGAAAAGUGGUGGCUCUCCGAAGACACUGUUCACGGGAGCCCCGGUGCUCAGUUUCUUGACCUAGCCCUACUACACUAG